CUGGCCUUGUCAUGCCCAGCUCCCGUUCUCUGCAUCGUACUACCCACGAUGACAGACAAGGUCGCCGAUAACGCUGACGCUCACCGCGAACUCCUCCUCAGCCUCCAGGCGGUGGACUACGCGCCCCCCACCCUCGCGCAAGUGAAGAAGCAGCUCAGUACAAGCCAGACCGAGCUAGAGCAGGAGAAGCGCACCAUCGCGUUGCUUGAGGCAAGCACCAAGAAGGAGUUCAAGGACUGGAAGGACAUCCAACAGCGCACGCACAAACGCGUCUGGACGCGGCUGAAGCAUCCGUCGUCACACCGCGAGAUCCUCAGCGCGCGCGAGGAAAAAGAGGAGCGGGAGUACGUCGACGCGCUCGCGAAGGAACAGGCGAGCAAGGCGCGCAUCGAGACGCUCGAGGUACAGGUCACCGAGCUCGCGCAGCAGGUCAAGGAUCUAGAACCGUAUGCGCGUGAGCACGCGAAUCUUACCCGCCAGCUCGCGCAGCUGUAUGCGCGCGUGUUCGAUGGGCCGACGCCGGGGUAUCCCGAGGAAGACGCGGCGGAGCGCGCAUUCCAGGAGGCCGCGCGGCGCUUCGACGGUCUACAAGGCGAGAUUGCGAAUGAGAAGCGGGCGCAGGAACUCCUCCGCGGCGCACUGCAGCGCAUGGCUAUGGCGGUGCGCGCGUGCGCGUCAGCCGAGAGCUACUCGCAGUGGGACAUGUUCGGCGGCGGCACCAUGUCGGAUAUGAUGGAGCGGUCGGAGUUGGCCAACGCGCAGCGUGCGGCCGACCAGGCGCGUAUGAUGGUCAUGCAGGCGCAGACGCUGCAGCCUGCCAUCCGGGGCUUCGGGCCGAUCAACAUGCCGCAGGGCAACCUCAUGUCCGACGUCUUCUUCGACAACAUCUUCACGGACUACGCCUUCCAUCAGAAGAUCAAGGCCGCCGCAGUGCAGCUGCAGCGCGCAUUCUUGCAGCUGCAGGAUGUGACGCGGCAAAGCCAGGGACACCUUGAGGGCCUGCUGCGCGACGGGCGCGAUCGAGCACACACGCUCGAGGGCGCGCGGAAUACACUCGAGCUCACGCGAAGGCAGAUUAUGGAACGCGCGGGCGGGGUUGCGCCACCAACCUAUGCGCCACCCAGCGCAGCGCCAGCGGGCCAGGCUCCGCCUUACCAACCUUAGUGGUGAAGCAUCCGCAGAACAUUGUAGACCCUCUAAUAUGCACUGGUCUAAGUCGCACA